AUGGUUUGGACUAGAGGCCUAGGCCGUGCUUUAGGUACGGUUAGUUGUAGAGGUCUGGGGAAAGGUGAUCAUGAUAAUUCUGACGAUGCUCCCCAGCGUCGAAGACCUACCGCAUCCGCACAUAGGCAACGAGUACCUAUGACUUUUGCGGAUGAGGUUGACAUACCUGUGACUGAGACUGACGUACCUGUGGUUGAGGUUGACGUACCUGAGGAUGAUGCAGACACCAUCGCACAAGCUGCUGAGGAUGAGCCUGAGGGAUUUCCGGGUGGUCCGGGCGACCCAUCCAUGUUGACCGAGUAUGCGGAUCACGUUGCAGGCAGCGUAUGGAUGGGAGAGGAGCGUCCUGAGUUGAAGUUAUCCUCUCACCGGAGGAAGGUGCAUAGUUUAGGCAGGCAUGUCCCUGCCAUUGAGAGGCUAGUUACUGGGACAGGACUAAGUCCUCUGAUCAUGCUGGUGGAGUUAUUGAUGGUCACUGCAGAGGCUACCAGGGCUGAGACAGGACAAUAUCGUGGACCCACCAGCCAACAACUUGGUGGUUACAUCACGACGUUGCAGUGCUGGAUAUACGAGCACUUUCCCUCAGUCAUGGAGUCCACUGCUGAUCCGGACUACAACGAGGAUUCACCGCGUGCCUGUAGGUGGAUUGCUACGAAGAAGACCGUGAAGAGCAUACGUACACCGACGUACAGGGAGCGCUUGGACCGACUUCAGAUUCCGGAUGUCUGUUGGAUCCCAUAUGGGGAGCACCGAUCGGUCCGGGACUUCCAUAUGAUUUCAUGUUAUUCCGGUCUGCUGCCCUGGGGGCCUGUUGUUGUGUAUUACCGACCAGAGAGGGUCAUGUGGCAGUUUAGAUACACCCAGACCAUUCCUGUUCCGCCCGUCGAUUCAUGGGUUUCGUUUGAUGAUAUAUACGACAGGUUUACUGAAAACAGCUAA